CUGAAGUGAAGAGUCUAAAAAAUUUCUGGGCAAGAAUCUGUGGCCAACUAUCGUAGGUACAUGAUUUGCCAUCGAAGGAGCUGAAUGGUAUUCACUGACAGUCAUGUUCCGAUGGCAAAAAUGAAUGAAUAAUGAGAAAAUCUUCGCUGGAUUGUUUUACUUUCCUCUUCACAGGCAGCUGGUCCUAAUUUAUUUGUCCCAUCAACCAUAGGCUCAUUUUGUCUUAUUUGUGACAACCCGGCUUGCAAGAUCGCGGGCUUAAAUUUAAAGUGCUCGCUCUCUUUCAAGAAAAAACAGUCGUUUCUUACAGAAGAAGGCUUUUUUUACAAAUUGACAAGACGUGUAGCCGGUUGAGAAGCGAGUACUGAGAUGGCUAGAAAGGAGAGAGUUAGGCUGUUUUGCCAAGCGCUCUUAAAGCUUCAAGGAGUUCUCCUUUUGCUGAAUUUGGGAUCAGGUUUCAUUGUUGGGCAACAGACUUACAUUAUCAACACAACCUCAGCAGAGAUGGCAAUGGAGGGGCGUUCUAGCGUGACAACCGGUACGAUGAAAACCAGAAUUUUUCAUGGUCCUAAUGACGGAAUUUGGAACUAUUCCGUGGCAGAGUUUAAUAUCACCAAUGGAAGUAUGGCCAAUGAAAUCUUUCAUAAGAAAAACAAAAUAUCCAUCCUUGGAACAAAUGCCCUUUCUGUGAUCGUUCAGGGCAAUUUUACGGUGGGGACUGACUUAGAUGUGAGUGGUCAAGAAGUCAAUUUUACUUCUAACGAUAAACAGCUGUUUUGGCUCGGAGGAUUUGUACGGAUGAAUAAAACUUGCUGUACAUUGGGUGCGGGGCCUGGUGGAGCCUUCAGCUAUCACGGUGGAGGUCAUGGUGGAAGAGGGGGAGGUUUUUAUCAGGACAGGAACACAACCAGACUGUAUGGGUGGACGUACUUCGAUACCACCUACCUACUCGGUGGUAGCACAGGAACAAAUUUGUUCACUAGCAAAUCAGGGUCUGGCGGUGGAGCUAUUGAACUGAUUGCAAACGAUGGAACAUUAACCCUAAAUGCUGCAAUUAAGGCUGACGGUUACUCGAGUGGGAACACGAGUGAUGAUCACUGUGCAGGUGGCAGUUCAGGAGGAUUGAUACGACUACAGGGAGAUAGGGUGGUGAUAGGAAAGGACGGAAGUUUAUCUGCAGUUGGUGGGGACAGUGGUUUCAGCUCUAACCAUUCGUAUCGCUGUGGGGGUGGUGGCGGCGGUGGAGUUAUUCAGGUCUUUUCACUAACCGAUAUUAAAAACUACACAGCGAAUAGUUCAACACGGACUAGUGGUGGACGUGGAUUGCAGGGAGGCGAGGCAGGUCGAGAACAAGUAGCUUGUUCCGCAGGUCCCAACUGUAGUUCAGAUGGAUUAUAUGGUCGAGACUUUGAGUCGUUGUUAGGUGGAAGUGUGUGUCUAUCACCAGGCAACCAUAGCGAAGCAUUUAGAGCUGUUGGAGGAGGGGCCCUGGAGUUGAGAGCAGAGUCUGAAGCAAUUGUCAUAGAUGCAACCAUCUCUGCGAAUGGUUUCUCUAAUAACGCUGAUUAAGCUGGUGCCAUGGGUGGGACUAUUCGUUUACACGCCAAAAAGAUCCUUCUGAGGAGAGGUGCCCUGCUGACAGCUCGCGGCUCUGGUGCAGGUGGCGGUGUGGUUCAGCUAAGGAGUGAUGCUGAUG